UAGCUAAUGAUCAUGUUCAUGCACAAUGUGUGUUCUAUUUGUGUAUAGCCUGUAGUGACAAUAUUUGAGCAAUUGUAUAUCUUGUAUCUAUUAACUUAUAAUUUGUAGUUAAUUUGAUUGUUUGCAAUACCUAGUUUAUAAAUAAAUAUGAAUUCGCUAAUAAGCUGCUGUAAAUUACUAAGUACAAGAGUGAACAAUGUAUAUAUGUUUGGAGGUUAUUUGAGCCGCGGAAUGGCUCAAACUAUCGACGAUUAUAAAAUUAAGUGGACACGGCCAGCCAAAAUUCCGAGCAUAGAUCCACGACAAACCGGUGAUUUGGGAGUAAAAGUAUCUGUAAAACCUACAGAUAUUAAAGCCUAUUACCAGAAUUCGAAAGAGUUACAAGAUGCAGAUGAAAUUGUAAAAAGAAUGUUCACUUUGGAGUUUCAACCAAAAAGAGAAUUUAAAAAUUUAGAAAGAGAAAGAGUGAUAGGACUUGUGAAGAGGCAUGUUUGUGAUCGAGGUUCUGCAGAAGUUAGAAUUGCUGCAAUGACUAGUGAAAUACAAUAUCUUCAAAAAUAUUUGGAAAAGCAUCCAAAAAAUGUAAAAACCAAAGUAUUUCUAAAAGAAUUAAUUGAUAAAAGAAGGAAGUUUCUUACACAUUUGCGAACAUGGGAUUAUAGACGGUUUGAAUGGCUUCUUGAACGUUUGAAUCUUGUUUAUGUAGCUCGACCAGAAGUUCCUGGCUCAGUGUCGAGAAAAAAUGCACUAAGGCAAUUGACCAAAAAUUACUGCGAUGGUAUUAUUCAGCAGAAAUUAAAUGCAUUUAAAGCUGAAUUAAAAGAACAGCAAAAGACAUUUUUCGCUCAAAAGGUUAUAAACUUGGAGUAUAUUUUAGAAGAAGAAAAAAAGUAUGGCCUAGAACCAACUGUAACUCAAGAGCAAAUUGAUGCUGCACGACAGAGAGUAGAAGAAUUAUCAAAAGAGAUUGAAUAAAUAAAUGUUUCCUACAUUCCUUAA